GACUGCGACCGAUGCGGACGUCCCUAAGCUGGCGGUCGUCCUCCUUCGUUUCAGGCGGUAUUCAACUAAUAAUGAUGGUGGAGACGCUCGGUGGAUUAAUUUCCUACUCCUCCUUCUCCUCCUCGAAAGUUUAUCAGUAUGUUGGAAAAUAAAAAAAAUGUGAAGAAUGCGAAUAAAGGUGUUGUGUGUGGUUAAAGUGUUGUGGCGCGUUGCCUGCAGGCGACCGUUUCUAUUGUGCGCUCGCGAGUGGAACAAGGAGGAUUGAAUUCAGAACCGUUGCCGGGACGGUAACAACUGCGGAGUACAUUCACGGACCAGAACGCCCGCCGUGGCGAAGUGGCCGUGGAUUAUUUUAGUGCUUUGUUGAUUUGUAGCUUUUAUAUAAAGCUAGUGGGGCACUUCAUGGAAGAAAUACAGAAGAAGUGAUUUGCUGACAUCUUGAAGGAUUUGUGAUUGUUGCGACGACAUCCGACAUCCGUUGCAUCGUGCGAAAUGCAGUGACGAUGUUUGUAAAGACUGAAUGAAAGAUGGCAAAAGUUAACAGUGUGUAAAGGCGGAAAUGUUGAUUGGGAAGCAAACAAACAUUGUUUCGGAGAGUGCCUUUGCAUUCCACAUAUAAAAUGCACCGAACGGUUUCUAUUCAAUCGGUCAUGCCUCUAUGCCUCGCUCUGCUACAUCAAUCUAACCUUACACAAUGGGACGCAUCAAAUAUGCGUAACACAAAUGUUGCGAGACCAUUGAGUACUCCUGGAGCCUGGAGCAUUAAAGUUGUGAAACAAUGCAACCGGUAAGCGUGUACGAACCGGUCACUGAAUUGAAGCCGUAGACUCUCGUCGAUUCCAGCCAACUCAGACGAGACUUCGUUCUAAUUCCCACAGGAAAAGAGGGUUUUUUAUUUUCUAUCAAGCCUUCUAGCCUAGUCAUUUCCGGUCGCACCUCCCGGAAGUGGUAGCAAUUGAAAACGUCAUUAUAAUUUCAUGCACUUAUGAGCAGCGUUGUAAACAGAAAUAGGCUGGCCCGUAACUGGAGUGAGAGUUAGUGUUCGGUGCAGCGUUGCCAUCCAAUUUCAUUGAUGUGCCAAUAAAAAAAAAUCUGUGUAUUUUAAGUGAAUGAAACGACGACAUUCUAACAAAAAUGAAGACCAAAAUGAAGACAAAAAUAAACACGUAAAACAUAGGAACAUUUACACGGCAUGUGGAAAAUGCCCUUCGCAAUGACAUCGCUAGCGCUGGCGCUGCCGAUGGGCACAUGUUUCGUCAUAUCUGUUUGCUUAAUUGGGUCUGCCGGAGCGGACAAACUGUCAGUCACCGGUAACAGCACUAGCAAUAGCAGCAGCAGCAGCAGCACUCGUGUCACCCAACCGGAUGCUUCGAAGCGGACCUCGGCCCAUAUAUCCGGUGACUUCAUCAUCGGUGUCCUGUUCUCGGUUCAUCAUCAGCCGCGACAGAAGCGCACCGGUCCGAACCACUUCCUGGCCUGCGGAGAGGUUCGCGAGCACUACGGCAUCCAACGGUCGGAGGUGACGUUUAAAACCAUCGACGAAAUCAAUCACAACCCAUCGCUGCUGCCCAACAUCACCCUCGGGGUGGAAAUUCGGGACUCGUGCUGGUAUGCUCCGGUGGCCCUGCAGCAGAGUAUCGAGCUGAUAAGAGACUCGAUUUCGCCUCCGUCCGGUGCUAAUAAUCCUACCCCGAGGGGUGGUGGUGCGAAUCCAGUGGGUUAUGUGCCGGAGGAUAUCUGCUGGGCCAUGAGUCAAAAUAACACGCACGGUUACGGUGGGAGCAACAACAAGUCACAAAAAUUUCGACGAACGUUGGUGGGAGUUAUUGGACCCGGAUCCAGUUCGGUGGCCCUUCAGGUUCAAAACUUGUUGCAACUUUUUUCGAUCCCACAAAUCGGCUACUCGACCACAUCGAAAGAUCUCUCCGAUAAGGCACGUUACAGUACCUUCAUGCGGGUUGUCCCCUCGGACUACUACCAGGCCCAGGUGAUGGUGGACGUGGUGCGGCAGUUUAAUUGGACCUACGUUUCUGCCAUCAACACCGAUGAAAAUUACGGCCAGUCGGGAAUUCAGGCGUUCCGUGAGCUAGCGGAAAAGCAUGGCGUUUGUAUAGCGAGGGAAGAUUCGAUUCUGAGUAACGCAGACGACGAAUCGUUCUCCGAUGUGCUGCGUAAUAUUGAGCAGGAUCUCAAUGCGAAUGUGGUGGUGUGCUUCUGCGAGGGAAUGACUGUGCGCGGACUGCUGAAGGCAAUGGAACGGCUCAACAUGACCGACAGGUUUCUGCUGAUCGGAAGCGACGGCUGGGCCGAUAGAGCCGAUGUCGUGCAGAACUACGAACGUCAGGCGUUGGGUUCGAUUUCGAUACGCAUUCACAGCCCGUACGUAAAGUCGUUCGAUAAUUACUACUUCUCGUUGAAUCCGUUCACCAACAAGAGGAAUCCGUGGUUUCAGGAGUUCUGGGAGACCAAAUUCAACUGUCGACUGCCCGUUAAUGAAGCAACGCUAAACGACGGACUGCAGCAAGGAUUUGCCAGUGAAGCAAAGUCGGUUUGCACAGGAAACGAACAACUGUCAGACCGUUACCGCCAGGAACCGAAGAUGAGCUUCGUCAUCAAGGCGAUCUACACGAUGGCUUACGCGUUGCACGCCCUGCAGCAGGACUCGUGCGGUCGGAAUACGGCCGGCAUCUGUGCGGCCAUGUUUCCCUUCAAUGGGACACUGUUCUUGAAUUACCUUAUGAAUGUUUCGUUCACCUACGAGUCGGGCGACACCGUCGAGUUUGACAGCAGGGGAGACCCUCCCGGAAGGUACGACAUCAUGAACUAUCAGCUGCUGGAGGACGGAAGCUACGAUUAUGUCCAGGUGGGCGAAUGGAACAACGGGUCGCUUAACUUUUUGCGUGAUCUGCAGGAAGCUUCGACGGGUCCGGUGGAGUCCGUCUGCUCGAAACCGUGUCUUCCCGGGUAUUACAAGAAUCUCCAAACCGGUGGCCAGGAGAAGCAAUGCUGCUGGGUGUGCGUUCCCUGCGAGAAGCACCAAUUUUUGUACAACGAAACGCACUGUCGGAAUUGUGACCUAGGAUACUGGCCGGAUCAAUCUAAAACGGGUUGUCUUCAAAUUCCGAUCGAACACGUCCAGUGGGGUGACACGGAAGCAAUCGUGGCCAUCUCCUUUUCGGUGCUAGGUUUCAUAACCACCGGACUGGUGUUUGGGGUUUUCAUUCGUCACAACGAUACGCCAGUGGUGAAAUCAUCCACCCGAGAGCUGUGUUACCUCAUACUGGUCGGGAUGAUUAUUUCACACAGUACCAUUUUUGCCAUUCUGGCUAAACCGUCAAAGUUUUCCUGUCUGAUAAGUCGAUCGAUGCCCGGAGUGUCGUUUGCAAUGAUCUACGCUUCGCUGCUCGUUAAAACCAAUCGCAUCGCAAGGAUUUUGGCCGGCUCUAAAAAGCGAUUUCCCACCAAAAAACCAAGGUUCAUGUCAGCUGCAGCGCAGCUGGUUAUUACGGGGCUGCUGAUUUCCAUUGAGAUUGCUAUCGCUGUAUUUAUGUUGAUUCUGGAGCCACCAAACACCGAACAUCAAUACCCGACCAGGCAGCGUACUGUUCUGGCUUGUAAUACUACCCGUCAGGGCAUUCUAGUCCCCUUAGCAUUCAUCUUUCUGCUGAUUAUUCUGUGUACUUUGUAUGCCUGGAAGACGAGGAACGUCCCGGAGAACUUUAACGAAGCCAAGUUUAUCGGUUUCUCGAUGUACACCACCUGUGUGAUCUGGGUGGCCUUCGUUCCCAUCUAUUUCGGCUCGGAGUCGAAGAUCAUCACCAUGUGCAUAUGUAUUUCUCUGUCGGCGAUGGUCACGUUGCUGUUUCUCUUCCUCCCAAAACUGUACAUCAUUCUGAUUCGCCCGGAGAAAAACAUCCGAGCGCUUUUCACCACUUCCAAAUCGAUAAGGUGCCACAUCGGUUCGCGCGUAGCAUCGGCUAUCUCGCACAAAACUUCGUCUUCCUAUUCCAGUGGCCCUGGGCCACCAGACGACUGUCACGAGUACAGUUUCGAUACCCUUCCCAAGCCAAUCAUUCGAUCCGCAUCCUGCCAAACCUCGCUGGAACUUUUGAACAAGUUGCUUGAACUUCACUUCUAUGAUGCAGAACAGCGACAAUCCGAACAAGCCACUCCCGGUCCCCGACAGCGAAUAAUAUCUUCCACGCUCAAGCAGGUUCGCUACAGUCUUUCUCCAAUCAAAUCAUCCGCCAAAAAGAUCCUGAAGACCGACAAGCACCUACUGGUCCCGGAGGAAACCAUAAUAAAUAACAACAACUACAACCAUUCUCGCAAUUCAUCCGCCGACGAAUUGCAGGAGAAAGCAACCAUUCGAGAAACGUGCUACCAUUGCGACCAGCUGGACUCCGUCCGCUCCCGGUACGACUUGAUAGAUCCGAAAAGCAAUGAACCGGAACCGGAGGUUUCACAUCUCCAUCUGCAGCAGCAGCAGCAUCAGCUAGCAAACGGUGGUGUCUACUUGAUCAACAACAGCGGCACCGGAAAUGAAACGGCUCGAUCCGUGGGCUACGGCAAGUACGCAACCACGAUGAUCAGCGAGGAAAGCCUGUCGGAGUGCUCCAUCAGCACCAUGUCGGAGUCGUGCGAUUGCAAGUUCAAAAGUAUCACCAUCAAGCUGCCGACGCCACCGGCCAACGCUCAACAGGUGGUCUACUUUUGAUGAACACCAGGAGAGCAGGUUUUGCAGAGUUUACUAAACGUUACUAUCACUAGAACAUUUGUUUAUCAUGUAGUAGAAUUUUAAUGCUAUGGUAAACAUAAUAACGAAAAUGGCAAUAAAUGGUUUUA